AUGGGUGUGCUUUACAACAUUCUCAGCAACAUUACAUUUACCGAUAUCUUAACUGGAUUGUUAUCCUUAACAUGCAUAUAUGUAAUACAUUUCUAUUAUAAACACUUUACCCGUCUUAAUCCGUUUCCUGGUCCAACUCCAAUUCCAUUAAUUGGCAGUCUCGCGAUUUUCAUGGAAGACAUUGACGCCUGGUUUUGGAGAUUAAACAAAAAAUACGGACACAAUGGCAUAUACGAAUUAAAUAUUGCUGGCAAUAGACAAAUCGUAAUCACUCGCGCGGAAUAUGUCGACACUCUCGUGGCUACCGAUAGCAAGGCGCAUAUCAUGAGAACUGCAAAUAACGGUCUAUUGGAUUUAUUCGAUCUUGAGAAGAAGGGUGUAGGACUGAAUCACGAUUACAAUUAUUGGAAAUUCAACCGCCAUAUCUUUUCCCAGGCCAUCAUGCCAUUGAGUUUAACAGAUAAACCGAGCAUGAUCUUGAACCAAUUGUAUAAAGAAAUGGAACAACAUUGGAUCGAUUUAAAGCAGCACACAGGCGAGAGGGGAGCCGUUAUCGACAUCUCGGUUUGGAUGCGUCAUUUUACAGCGGACUUUAUCGCCAUGUUGACGGCCGGAAAGCGAAUGGCCGUCAUGAAGCAUUAUUGUCAGAGAUUAAAGAAUGAACCGCUCACCGAAGAGAUACUCGAUACUGAAGAGUUUGUCGAAUGCAUAAAUACCUUUGUAUCAGACAAUCAAGUUAUAUUUAUACCGAAAAUUUUACGAAGCUUGCCUUUCAUCAAACCGCGUGUGGACAAACUAUUGAAGAAUUGUAACCGAUUUUACGAAAAACUGGUGGAUAUUGUUAAAGAAAAAAGAAAAGAAGUCGAAAAGACAAUCAUGAAUGGCGAACUUGACACGAAACGGAUGGAUUUGUUGACAUCUUUAAUCGUUGCUAAUACACAAUAUGAUUCCCAUCCUCAAGAAAAAGUUGAUCCAUCAUUGAACAGACCAAUGAAUGAUGAUGAAAUUCGUGGUGUCAUGUUUGAUGCGUUUGUUGCUGGUACAGAUACGACCGUAAAUACUUUCUGUUUCGCAUUAUAUUACAUCACACAUCAUCCAGAAGUUAAAAAGAAAUUGCUGGAAGAACUUGCAACAGUAUUCAAAGAUGACCCAUAUAAACCGAUAACAUUAGAAGAUCUUGCAAAAUUAAGAUACGUUGAAGCGAUUAUUAAAGAAACGUCAAGGAUAAGACCUACAGUUAGUAUGGUCUCAAGAUACAGUCAACGACCUGACGAAAUAGCAGGACACCUGUGGCCGGCCAAAACGUUAUUCAUAAUGUACGUUCGUGGAAUCAACAACAAUCCACUUUAUUGGAAAGAACCUGAAAAGUUUAUCCCGGAAAGGUUUUAUGAAAAUCAGGGAAUACACAAAAAUUCGUUUUCAAUGUUUGGUGGAGGUCCGAGAAUGUGUCUAGGUAGAAAAAUUGCAAUAAUCGAAUUGAAAACGUUAUUAGCCGCAGUUUAUAGAAGGUUUGAUGUCGAGUUGUUAGAUAUGAACGCCCCCGUAAAAGUAGAAACUUCAACGAUUACAGUUUGUAAAGAGUUAAAGAUUAGAGUUGUUCCUAAAGAAAGAAUUAUCUAA